AUGAGCGAGUUGCCUGAUGACUUGCUGGUUAAGAUAUUAUCGUUUCUUCCUACAAAAUCUACCGUCUCCACAAGCAUUUUGUCGAAACGAUGGGAGUUUCUUUGGAUGUGGUUGCCUAAACUUGAGUACGAUGAGUACUAUGAAAUCACUGGUCCAAAGUCAUCAUGGUUGAGGUAUGAGGAAUUUAUUGACAAGAAUCUGCCAUUGCAUAGAGCUCCGGUCAUAGAAAGCUUGCUCCUCAGAUUUUGUUAUAUUAGAUUAAGUCAACCCGAGAAAAUCAAACAAUGGGUUGGGAUUGCGGUUUCUCGCUUGGUGCGUGAGCUAAGUAUAAGCUAUUUUUGUUUCAAUCGCAAAGUCGAUGAUGUAUUAUCAUUGCCGAGUAGUUUGUAUACAUGCAAUUCCCUCAUGACGUUGAAACUUCAAGGCAACAACAUUCUUGUGGAUGUUCCUCAAGUUGUUUGUCUCCCUUCCUUGAAGACCUUGAAACUUCAGGGUUUUGCAAUCUUAAAUGAAGACUCUCUUCGUCUGCUUCUAUCGCAUUGCCCUGUUCUUGAAGAUUUGUGUAUUGAACUUGAUGAUGAGGAUGGCAAAGUGAGAGCCUUAGUUGUUAACGUCCCGUCUUUGCAGAGGUUGUCCUUGGAGAUUGAUAGCGAACGUUCUUCUUCUGAUGGCUAUGUGAUAGUGACCCCUUGUUUGAAGUAUCUCAAAAUUGUGGAUUACAGAGAGUUUCCCUCCUAUAUGAUUGAGCCUAUGCCAAAGCUGGAAGAGGCUGAUAUUGAAGUUACGGAAGAUAUUGAGACGAUUCUCGAACCGAUCACAUCAGUCAGACGUCUUUCAUUAAACCCAUGGUUCAGCUGUGCAGGAGAGUUUGCGUAUCCUGUUGGUAUUGUCUUUAGCCAGCUUGAACAUUUGAAGCUAUGUAUAUGCAGCGAAAAUUGGUCCACGUUGCUUCUCUGGUUGCUCGGAAUUUCUCCUAAACUGCGAGUACUCAACGUCUAUGUCGAUGGAGAUCCAACUUUUGAAAAGUUUGAUCCGGUUAUCUGGAAGAAUAAACAAAGCUCUGCUCCUGAAUGUUUGUUGAGUAGUCUGGAAAUUUUUGAGUUUAGAGGUUUCAUGGGGACACAAGAAGAGAGAGAUUUCUUGAGUUUCUUCUUCAAACACGCUUCUUGCUUGAAGUCUACAUCAAUCAUUGAUCGUAAAACACAAUUAGGUAUUUAA